AAAUAACCUUCUCAACCCCGCAAAGAAAAAAAGGUACCGCUAAUCUUACUGCGGUUCUCAAUAGCCGCCUGGCGCUAAUUGUAGGGUCUGGAAUCCCCAGUUUCCAUCCCCCCACACACACAAACGUCAUUCGCUUCGUCCGAGGCCAAACAAACAACUGGUGCCUUGCGCAUAACUGCCACAUUUCACAUUCCGCUUCGCACUCCACAAUCGCAUUCCUGCAUGCAGAGUAUUUAAAGCGCCACUUGCUUCCUCUCCUCUCUCACCCUCAAACCCCGCUACAUAACAACGUACAUGCCACGAUAAAAAAAAGAUGGAAAAGCUGCGAGGCGCCGAAACCGCCGCGACACAACGUCUCCGCAAAACAUUCAAGUACCCCUCCGAAUCCGACGAUGAAGAUGCUGUAGAAGCAGGAAUGGAUGAACAAGACCGCGCAGCCCUCCUCCAAACCCUAAGUGCACACGAUACAUCCACAACCCACAAAUACACACUCUUCCUGCUCGUCCUCCCCUUACUCCCCAUCCUCCUCUACAUCCCCCGCCUAUUUUCCCUUUCCACAUUCCUCCCCAGUCUCGCUGCGAUAGCAAGUUUCCUCGCCUCGGCAUACACCCUGUACUUCCUCCCACUCCCACCCACAAAGGGCGCGCCAAUCGACGACAACGCCGCGUCUGCGCGCAAAACGAAGAAUAAAACCCGGAUCGGCAUUUACAACAAGACGCCUAGUUGGGAGAAGACGACGGAAAAGAGCGUGAGGAGGCCUGUGCCGUAUCUUUCUGAGAGCACCGCCGAUGCCAUUGCCGACAACAUCGUGACAGUUAAUCGGGCGCUGUGUGGAAUCCUCGCUCUGUCCGAGGUCUGGAUAGAACGAGAAUGGAGCCAGGGAUUCAUGGUGGGCGGAGGUUUCUUGCCCGGCCUUAUUUGCUUCGUGGUAUUAUGGGCGAGAACAGAGUUACGCAUCAUUGACAUGGAUGCCCUCGAGGAAAUGAAUAACAAAGCUGCCGGACAAUCAAAAGCCAAGUAAAGUAAAAAAAAAUUCCGAAUAAUCUGAUCACUUUUUCAUCAUGAUAAAAUAGAGAUAACUACCCCAUAACGCAAUGUAUUUUUCAUGACAAAGAUGCCCAAAUAGAGAGACUCUUUGGUAG